GUAAUCUUCAGCGACAGCUUCCGGCACAUUUUGAAAAGUCGAGCACAUUGGCAACCUUCGCUCUAAUUCUUGCUAUCUCUUACCUCCCAGUCUUUUUUGCCUACGAUUUCCCCAUUGACGUUUAUAUCUUCCCCCUUGUUCAAGCCGCCUUUCUCAGGGUUAGCCGGAGAACCACUACCCAUUUUCUUCAACACUUGGAAUAAUUAUCUCCCUUAGUACCUAUCUACCUAGGUCUAUUCUAAGAAUCCCAAUGUGGUACCUCCAUCGCAUCAUAGAAACCAUUUCAUUGCGUCUUUUAGCCUCUCCGGACCAAGAUGCGUCUCCUUCAGUGGAAUGAAGAUGGCACAUUUCAGCUUACCAAGGAUUUUACGGGUGAGGAGCUCCCUAGUUAUGCUAUACUGUCGCAUACUUGGCUGUUAGACAGCGACGAAGAAGUCACUUUCGACGAUCUGGCACAGGGAAAAGCCAAGUCCAAGCCCACAGGCUAUGCCAAAAUUCAAUUUUGUGGUACCCAAGCCGCCAAAGACGGCCUGGAAUUCUUCUGGGUGGACACUUGUUGCAUCAACCGGAACAGCAGUGCCGAGCUCCAGGAGGCAAUAACAACGAUGUUUACUUGGUAUCGUAACGCUACUCGAUGCUACGCGUAUCUGACUGAUGUGUCAGCCAACAAGGCCCCUGACGAUGUCACGAAUGAUUAUCUCCUUGUACGCUCAUGGGAGUCGGAUUUUCGCCGCAGCAGAUGGUUCACUCGGGGUUGGACGCUCCAAGAGCUUCUUGCCCCAGCGUCAGUUGAAUUCUUUUCUUACGAGGGCACACGACUAGGUGACAAAAAGUCUCUUCAGUCAAUUAUCCAUGAGAUAACAGGCAUCCCAUAUGAGGCUCUCCGAGGAGAUGCCAUGACGAAAUUUACUGUGGACCAACGGCUCUCUUGGGCAGCGAAUCGACAGACAAAGCGAAAAGAAGACAUGGCAUAUUGCCUAUUAGGGAUAUUCAAUGUUUUCAUGCCACUCUUAUACGGGGAAGGAGACCACGCUUUCGAACGGCUGCGCCAAGAAAUUGACAAGAAGCACGCAGAAAACGUAAAACGGGAUCAUCUCCUGGCCACGAUACCUAUUGCCUCUGAAGCAGCUUUUAAUUCGCGCCACAAUCAGCACGAGCCAACCUGCCUCCCGAACACCAGGACAGAGCUGCUUCAGGAGAUAGAACGGUGGCUUGAGAGUCCCGACGAAAGGUGUAUAUUUUGGCUAAACGGAAUAGCGGGCACAGGAAAGUCGACAGUAGCUCGUACUGUCGCUAGGACCCAUUACAAUCGGGGCGAUCUGGGAGCGAACUUCUUUUUCUCAAGAGGCGGUGGUGACCUUAGCAAUGCUAACAAGCUGGUUACAACUCUUUCUCGGCAGUUAGCAUCUAGAUUCCCCUUGGCAAGGCGCUACAUAUGUGAAGCCGUCAACGAGGAGGAAGAUAUUAUGAAUCUAUCGCUUAAAGACCAAUGGCAAAGGUUGAUAAUUAAUCCGCUUUCGAAGCUCCAUAGCGACUAUCCUCCUCGAUCCACAGUGCUAAUUGUUAUUGACGCGUUGGAUGAAUGCGAAAGCGAAAGAGACGUAAGGGUCUUGAUAAGGGUCUUGAGUACUGCUAGAUUACUCACUAAUAUCCGGUUGCGAGUCUUCGUUACAAGUAGACCCGAAAUCCUGAUCCGUCAUGGCUUUACAAAGAUACCAGAAGUGGAACGCGCGGUCUUUACUCUCCAAGAAAUCUCACCCGACAUAGUCGAUCAUGAUCUUAGUAUCUUCUUCGAAAACCACUUUUCAACAAUCCGAGAAGAACGUGGCUUCGAUGACGAUUGGCCUGGUAUGAGGAUUAUCAAACGCCUGGUAGAGAUUUCAUGUGGCCUCUUCAUAUGGGCCUCAACUGCGUGCCGUUUUAUUCGCGAAGGUAGACGGCUUGCGAAGAGACGAAUAAAAAUCCUCAUCAACGGGUACCGCUCUGGCGUAGGUCCGGAAAAGCAAUUAGACCUCAUUUACACCAAUGUCCUUCGAAAUUCCAUUCAGCAGGACUACAAUGAAAAGGAGAGACAAGAGUUGUGCGCUAUGUUUAGAGAGGUCCUUGGAAGCAUCGUGAUACUCUGCUCCUCACUUUCUAUGGAAUCACUGGCGAAGUUGCUCGCUAUGCCCCUGGAUGAUAUUAAGGACACCCUGGCUGAUUUACAUACAAUCUUCAACAUUCCCCCUAAGACGUCUUAUCCCCUUCGUCUACAUCAUCCCACAUUUCGCGAUUUCCUUCUAAAUAAGGAGCGGUGCAGCGACCUCGACUUCUGGGUGGACGAAAAACAGGCUCACCAAGCUUUAGCCGACAGCUGUCUGGCACUUAUGUCGAAGAAUCUCAAAAGUGAUAUCUGUGGGCUUGGAUCACCAGGUACUCUCCUGGAGAAUGUGGACCCUAAUCUAAUACAACGAUGUAUUCCCCCGGAUCUCCAAUAUGCAUGCCUCUAUUGGGUUGAACAUUGCCGACUGAGUGGAAGACGUCUCACCGACGGCGACCCGUUCGACCUUUUCUUCAGAGAGCACUUCCUUCAUUGGCUUGAGGCUAUCAACCUGAUGGGGAAGAGCGCUGAAAUGAGUGCCAUAAUAAGACUAUACCAUGCCCUCCUAAUGCCAGACAGUAACGCGCGUCAAUUACCGUUCGUCAAAGACGCAAGGCGAUUUAUCUUCAAGUUUCAGAACAUCAUCAAACGAGCACCUCUUCAGACGUAUUGCGCGGCACUUUCAUUCAUUCCGCCUAGUAACGAAUUGAAAUUCCAAUUUCGAAGUCAGAUACAUCCUUGGAUCAAAGACGUUCGAAUCGCCGAAGCUGAUGUUCCGGCGGCCAAGGAUGAAUUUAAUUACGUCAGUGACCUGGCAUUCACGCCGGAUAGCAAGCAAAUUGCCUCAGGGUCGAACUUUGAGGCUGUUAGGUUCUGGGACGUGGCAACAAAAGCCACGCUUGCUAAGUACGAGGGUGCGACGGAUAAGAUGAGUUCAGUUGCCAUCUCGCCAGACGGAACGACCGUCGCGGCGGGCUCAGAUGACUUCACAGUUUUAGCAUGGGAUAUAAAGACGAGGACGUUGCGUUAUUCUAUCAAAGCCCAUUCCGGAUGGGUUAACUCUGUGGUUUUCUCACCAGAUGGCAAGAUCCUUGCGUCUGGCGCCAUGGACGAAACGGUGGCACUUUGGGAUGCCUCAACUGGACAAGAAAUCAAAAGAAUCGACAAUCAAUCGAGCUGUGUUAAUACUGCUGCCUUUUCUCCCGAUGGGUCGUUGAUCGCGACCGGCUCCGUUGACCAAAUGAUCAGGCUUUGGGACGUUUCGAAUGACUCGGACGAAUUACGCAUAAUACUCGACGGCCAUUCAGGCGCUAUUAAUUCCGUCCGAUUCUCGCCGGACGGAAAGCGAAUUAUCUCUGGAUCUGAUGACAUGACGUUAAAGCUUUGGGAUACAGCCUUAGGAACAGAACUUAUGGCAUUUAAGGGGCAUACGAAGAGGGUUAUGGCUGUCGCAUUUUCCUGGGACGCUGUCCACAUUGCGUCUGGUUCUGAAGACAAGACUGUGAGAAUUUGGGAUGCAGUUGGCGGCACUGCGGUAGCCAUUUUGAGAGACCAUACGAGUGGCCUCAAUUCUGUCCUAUUCUCCCCUGAUGGUAAGCUUCUUGCUUCAAGUUCUUUCGACGAUGAAGUAAGGCUUUGGGAUACAAAGACUUGGACACUGGUCGGGAAGCUUGACGACUUCGAGGAGGACGCUAACCCCGGUAUACUACCUAGCCGACAGUCCUCUACUCUAUCUACAGGGGAGAUUAUGGAGAGCGCCAAACUUCUUAAAGGUCACUCAAGUGAGAUUACUCGCGUAGUAUUCUCACCGGAUGGCCAAUGGCUUGCUUCCGGUUCGCAGGAUGCUACGAUUAAAAUCUGGUUAAGGAAAAAUGAGCAUCGAAAACUCGAAGGCCAUUCCGACAGCAUCAAUGAUCUUGCAUUCUCGCCGGAUAGCAACCUAAUCGCAUCAGCAUCGGCUGACAACACCGUGAGACUAUGGAACACAUCGACUGGAGUAGUAUCUCAUACAUUUGAAGGCCAUUCGAACAGUGUACUCGGCGUCCUCUUUUCACCAGACGGCCAGCUGGUCGCUUCAUGCUCUAAUGAUACUACCAUACGACUCUGGGACCCAUUCAUAGGAGUGGCAUUGGGCAAGAUUGAAGGCCAUACAGGACCAAUUCGUGGUAUUACUUUCUCACCAGAUAAUCACUUCAUUGCGUCAUGCUCAGUAGAUACGACUGUCCUUCUUUCAGACCUAGAAAGCAAUGCAGCAUCUGUGGUGCUCCGAGGCCACUCCAAUGCGGUUAAUUCGGUUGCAUUCUCAUCGGAUAGCAAGUUGCUUGUGUCUUGCUCGGAGGAUUCUACGAUUAGGUUCUGGAGUAAGUCGGGCGCUGGAGCCGGUAUAAUCAGGGAUACGGUUCCGGUUAGCUCUACCUGUUUCUCCCCAGACAGCCAGUUGAUGGCUUACUCGAUUGACAACACCGUGAAACUCUGGAACCUAGGCAGCAAGUACACGGUAGGCUCACUCAACGUAGGUGCAAUAGUUCGAAAACUCUCCUUCUCUAGUUGUGGCCGAUACCUUGAGACUGAUAGAGGGGUAUUGAGUAUCGGUUCUCUCCGCGCUCAUUCUCCCUCUUCUCCUUCCUCUAUUCGUCCGUAUUCCCUAUUUGCAACUCAUGAUUGGUUAAGGCGAGACAUGGAAAAUGCAAUUUGGCUUCCUAAUGAAUACUAUGCGACUGAUGUGGCUACCUGGGGCAAUUUAAUUGCAAUGGGACAUUCCUCUGGGGCGAUCUCAUUUAUUGAAUUUAGGAUAUGAUGUUUAUGAGCCAUUAAUGAUACCCAUCGCUCUCACGGAGAGAUGACUUUUCUUAUCAGACAUAUUGUUUUCCUUCUUCUGAGACCCUGUCUAUCUACUUCUGUAUUUGAAAGUAACAUCAAAAUACUUGCCGACUACCUGGUCGAUCUCAUGAUAGAACAUCCCCGGCUCUAAGGCAUGCGAUAUUCUUUUAGCCCAUUCCACGAUCUCGUCGUCUACCGGAAAGCCUUCCGCGCGGAGCGUAGCCUUGGUGUUAGCGAAAUUGUCCAAACCUUUAUGAAGAAGCUUUCGCAGAAAUUGUGUUGAGAUUGCAUCGCAAGUUCCCGUUACCUACAACUUACCCAUCGGUGGCAAAGCCGCCGCUAUCGGGUAUUCCGAUGAGGGCGGCGAGAAUCGAACUGGGCGGCGCGUUGCUUUGAGGGAUUGCUCUGCAGCAUGAGCCUCAACUAAGGGGUGUACAGCCU